UCGGUUUGGGUCGAAAUGUCCAAUAGAAUUGUGCCCGCAACUUAUCGUAACAUCAUUGAUGAGGUCAUUGCCUCUAUCAAGACCGAUUUCGAGGACGCUGGCGUGGAGAACGAUGUGAUCCAGGAACUCCAGAAUCGGUGGGAGAUGAAGGUAGUUGCCUCGCGUGUCGCUCAAUUUGAGCCGGCGCCGCCUUCACCACCACAACGUCUUCCACCGUUGCCGCCUCCCCCACCUCCCGGUUAUAUUAAAACAGAACCGAACGAUAAUUUUGCUCUGUACGGCGCUUCUUCCAAUAUACCCAAUCGACCUCCUGGUGCCCAACAACCAAGACUUCCAUACCCCGCAACAAAUGGGAACGGAGCUUUAGUUACUCCUAAUGGGAAUCAUCCUUCACAGCACUCAGAUGAUUCGGAUUCUGAUGAGGCCACCGCACACCACCCGACGCCGCAGAAGCCAACAGCAAAACCUCCCAAACCGCCGAAGGCAAAGCCUUUGCCGACGAAUGACGAAGAGAUUGGCUCCGAUCUAGAUGACUCUGACGACGAAGAACUUGGUGAAGAAGAGGAGGGGGAUGACGGUGGUAGAGACAGUGUUCUGUGCACAUAUGAUAAGGUCCAACGCGUCAAAAAUAAAUGGAAAUGUGUUCUGAAGGACGGGAUUAUGCAUAUCAACGGGAAAGACUACCUCUUUUCCAAGUGCACAGGGGAGUUCGACUGGUAGAGACGGCAGGACGGGCGUCCGCCUUCACGUCGUCAUCCUAUGCUAUUCUUCAUAUUUUCCCUUUUCUCUGACGGCGCGUGUGUUCAUGUCUUACCCCACUUAUAUCGACGGUCAUACACUAUCACACUGUACA